AUGAUCUCUCAAGCCUUGAUCAAAUCGUCAGCGGCCUCCUUGAAACAACAAGGAAGUCGUUCGGUACAACGAUGGGUUUCCACAUCCUCCACUCAAGCUUCGAGCCUGAUGGAUCAGGGAAGUGAUGGGAAUAAUAACGCCGCCAUGGGUGGCAAGGUGGCAGCAGCAGCUGUUGUAGCCGUGGCCAUGGUGGGAUUGGUCACCACCACCACCACCACCAACAGUACCACUGUGGAACGCACACGAUUGGUGUCUUGCGAACCAGCAGCAGCAGCAGCAGCACAACCAGCACAACAGAGAACCAAAAUGUUGGGCACCUCCGCAAAUAGCAUUUCCACAACGACGGGUGGUAGCAAAAGCAGCAGCAGCAUUGAAGUUAGAACGGCUCCCACCAAAUCCAAAAUGCCCGUCUACACUAUGAAGCAAGUCGCAGUGAACAAUGGAGAGAAUGGCAAACCAGUAUGGAUGACCCAUGGAGGCAACGUUUACGAUGUCACCAACUUUAUUGCCAAUCACCCAGGGGGUUCCGAAAAGAUUAUGCAAGCGGCAGGAUCGUCCGUCGAACCCUUUUGGCACGUGUAUCGUCAGCACUUCAACACGGAUUUGCCCAUGAAACUCAUGGAACAAAUGCUCGUUGGGGAACUCUUGGACAAGGAUCAAGAAAAGGUGGAUUUGAAAAUGGAACUCCUCGAGGAAACCACGGCCGAUCCCUAUGCGCUCGAGCCACUGGAAGAACGCCACCCGGCCUUGAUUGUGCACGGCGAACAGCCCAUGAAUGCCGAAGUUCCCGAACAUUUGCUCACCAAGGAUUAUUUGACCUCGCCCGAUUUGUUUUACAUUCGGCACCAUCACCCCGUUCCAUAUUUGACAAAGGACGAGGUGGAGAAUUUUGAAUUGGAAAUUGAUUUGGGAGCCUACGGGGGUGGCAAAAAGAAGACCAUUACCUUGGAGGACUUGAAAAAGAUGAAGAAGGUAGAAGUCACGGCCACUCUGCAAUGCAGUGGGAAUCGUCGGGGCGGUUACAAUGACUUUGAACGCACGUCCGGGACCAGUUGGGGACAGGGGGCCAUUUCUACGGCCAAAUGGGGCGGGGUCCGACUCCGUGAUUUGAUGAAGCACAUUGGACUCGAAGAUGAAAUGGACGCCCAAGAAAAUGGAAAGUUGGAACAUGUGCGAUUCCAUGCUUUGGACGGCAUGAUGGCGUCGAUUGGUAUUGAAAAGGCCAUGAAUCCAUAUGGGGAUGUCAUUGUCUGCUACGAAAUGAAUGGCAAGCCACUUCCAAGAGAUCAUGGAUAUCCAUUGAGAGUCAUUGUUCCAGGAUAUGCAGCCGUUCGCAAUGUCAAGUGGGUUCAAAAGAUUGAAUUGAGCCAAGAAGAAGCCGAAGGACCAUGGCAACGUGGACUCAACUACAAGGUAUUGCCACCUGGUGUCAGAGAUGCCAAGAGUGUCGAUCUUUCCAAGAUUCCUUCCAUGAUGGAGUUGAGUGUCCAAUCGGGAAUUACCAGCAUUGUUCCACAAAACAAGAGCUCCUCAUCGAAACCUGGGGACACCAUUAUGGUCAAGGCAUCCGGAUGGGCCUACUCUGGUGGGGGUCGAAAUAUUGUGCGCGUCGACGUGACGGGCGACGGGGCGGAAUCCUGGCAAGCGGCGGAUCUCACAAGUGGACAAGAUCAAAAGCAGGGCCGCGCCUGGGCCUGGACCUUUUGGGAAUGCACCCUUCCUGCCAAGGUACAAGCCGAUGGGUCGGUGCAAGUUCACAGUAAGGGAGUCGAUUUGGCAUUCAACUCGCAACCGGACAGUGCCAAGCACAAUUGGAACGUCCGGGGAUUGACCAAUAACAGUUGGUACAGCAAGAAGAUUCCAGUGCAAUAA